AUGCACGCUAAUCGAGUGAACGGCGCCUCGAGGAUUAUCUACGCAAGCAAGCCAGACACACCGGCAUACCACAACAUCCCAAUUCGGCGCGCAAGUCCACCACCGAAAGGCACCACCAUUGGCUUUAUGCAGGACAUCGCCGCCUCUUCGUCAUCAGAGUCAAUUUCAACGAGUAUCACGAGUCUACCACAAGGACCACCAAUACGGGCACCGGAGAUAGAGCUGGAUGUGGUGCCGCCUGCCUCGCCCCGACCAUUUGACAAUCGUGCCGCCCACGGAAAUCGCAUUAAAUUUGAAACCACCAGACCUGCCGACAUUCCCUACUUCGACUCCACCUCGGAGAGCAAUUUUGAGCUCAACAGACCGAGGAACCUCACUCAUGGCGCCAGAAAUGUGGUACUUCGACCACAAGGAGAACGAAUGAUCCCACAACCACGCAUAGGCUACCAAGAGGAGGAGUUGAUGCCACGCCUGAGGACCCCCAAAGACCCCGACCUAAACCUGAGCUUCAAUUUCCAAUGUGGCGCCGACCCACACAUUCCACCCCUCACUCCGGAAACAUCGUUUGGGAUUCAGGGCCCGGCAUCGAACAUGAAAAUUCAAGGAAGGACCAAAGCAGUCGAUAUUUCCACUACCACUCUAACCACAGAUACGCCGAUGGGAGAAAACGCACUAGAUGACACCCUUGAUACAGUGGGUUCGUUGCAAUUGCUACGGGACUCCAGCCCACAAACACCACCACCGCCGCCACCACCUCCGCCGGCACUGAUAUUGCCCGCCUUGAAUGAGGAAACUCCAGCCACCGUUCCACAGAAUGACACUGUUAGAAGGCAUGAUUUUGGCGACGAGAGAGAAUCCGGAUUUUCGUCACAUGUCUAUGAAGUGGUGCAGGAUUCGCCAUUGAAUGGAACACGAGGCCCGGAAUUCGGUGCAUACGUGUCUGAUCCUUCAAACGCUUCCAUUAUUUCAAGAGAUGAGAUCCUCCGACAGAGUGGAAGGAGACGCCUUAUUGCCAAAUCAAAAGCGACUGAGAGCGCUAGAGGAAGAGAAUUUUCCACCACCGCCGUCAUCGACACCGCCUCCACCGAGAGUGACCGACAAAUUGGAAUCGAAUGGCAGGAAAGGAGCGAAUUUGUCAUCACAAAGAGGUUAGUGCUUCAGAAGGUUGCCUUAGCAACAACAGACAACUGUGAUGGCCAAUUUGAUCUUUCCAAACAAGUCUCUGUCCAGGUUGGCAGUCUCAUCCAACAAAGGCUAAAAGAGUUAACUGACUGCCUAAAUAUGGACUCUCAGACUGUGGGAAGAGGCAAUGCUACCACCAAUUCGGGUGAGUUCACAUGA